AUGCGUCGUUCAAAGAUUGCUGACGGUGACUCAAAUGCUGCCAUUGUAUACCUAGAGGGAAAGGCGGCAGCCGAUCCAAUGGCAAUGGCUAGGUAUAACUUAACAGAGGAUGGUAUGUUAGCGAAUAUGUUCUGGGUGGAUGGAAUUAGUAGAGUCGACUACCAGUACUUCGGGGACGUUGUUGCUUUCGACUCAACAUACAAAAAGAAUAAAUACAAUAGACCUUUGGUGAUAUUCUCCGGCUCCAACAACCACAAGCAAACUACGAUAUUUGGUUUUGGAUUGGUUCUAAAUGAAACUAUUACAUUAUACACAUGGAUGUUGGAGAAUUUGUUGGAGGUUAUGUGUAAUAAACCUCCGUCCAUUGUCGUAACCGAUGGAGACGAUGCAAUGAUUACGGCAGUGAAAAAGGUUUUUCCUGAAGCCACCCAUCGGUUGUGUGCAUGGCAUUUGCAGAAGAAUGUUACUUCAAAUGGAAGUGAGCAAAUGUUUCGUGAAAUAUUCUCUAAGUGGCUAUAUGUGGACAUGGAGGUUGACAAGUUUGAGUUCCAAUGGGAUCAAGCUGCUAACGAGUAUGAUUUGCACAAAAAAUGUUGGGCAACUCAGAUGUAUGAGAAGAGGUACAUGUGGGCAAGCGCAUACCUACGCGACAAGUUUUGUGUUGGAUACCGGACCACAUCUAGGUGUGAGGGGAUAAAUUCUCAUGUCAAGAAAUUCCUAACCUCGAGACACAGUAUUGUGGACCUUGUGCAAAAUCUGGAGUUGGUGGUCCAUGAAUACCGUAACAAUGAGUUUGUUGCACAAUUCACUUCAAUGUACAGUACUCCAGUCUUCACAACAUAUUUGGAUCCUAUUGAGAAGUGUGCUGUAACUGUCUACACUAGGGCAAUAUUUAUGCAAGUUAAGAGAGAGAUUGAUAGUGUAGGAGGCCUUAAUUUUGUGAGCAAAAGGAGGGUUUCAACAACAAUGGUCUACACUACCGAAGAAUAUGGUCAUCUUGGUCAGAACGUAGUCACCUUAUUUGAAAAUAACUCCCUAAAGUUUGAAUGUCAAUGCCGAUUUUGGGAGAAGGAAGGAUUUCCGUGUAAGCACAUGUUUUUUGUAAUGAAGCAUGAGCAUUUGAAGGAUAUUCCAAGGCGUUUGAUUCUGAAGCGAUGGAGGAGAGAUGCCAAGGCUAUUGAUGAGUACGAAGGAAGAAGUAACGAGAGCUUAAGUGAGAGAGGAGCUCCUCGCUUAAGAGGACAAAAGGGAAAAAAGAGAAGAUGUACCAACUGCAAGAAGACCGGCCACACUAAACGAAGAUGUCUUCAACGGAACACUAGUUCCUUAAAAGGGGGUAGUGAAGAUAAUGAAGACGACGAGGAAUCAGUUGUAAGACUAGCCGAUGAGAAGGUUUUCACAGGAAAAGGGCAUUUACGAAGGAGUAAGCGGAGGGCCGCUGCAAAGGUCAAACAGGAUAAUGUCGACACAAAUGAAACUGUAGUCGCUUUGUCGACGGAGCCUAUAAUUAGAACUGCCCAAAGCGAGAAUGUAAUUUCGUGGCCUGAUGUAGGCAGUUCCCAUUACCAUGAGCUUGUAGGCCAUCUUUUAUGUCCUGGAGCUUCUACAAUCACUGCAAAAAGGGACAUAACUCCAUCUGUCACAUAA